UGUACGUUGGGAUCCACCCGAGGCCAUCAAGAACAUGGAGCAAAUCCCCCAGCCCUACAAGCAGGCCCUCCUCGAGGCCCGCAAGAUGCCCAGGGACUACUUCCUUGGUCCCUCUGCACCUUCUCUACUGCAACUGCUGCUGCCUGGGUUGGCCGCCCUGGUCUUCUCGGUCAAGUCAAGGGAUUGUAAAGUUGUAGGAGAUCCUGAACGUGCAGCUGACCAUUCCAAGACAGCCAGGUGCCUGAAUAUUGUUGCGCUGACACUAGUCAUCUUGAUCUCCGCUGCUCUCAUCCUCCUGGUUGCGACUAGUAAAGACUUCUUGUUUAAGAAAGUCCAGGAAGUACUAACUGAAAUCCAUGAUUCAAAUUUCAACGAACCUCACUAAACCAUACAUCAAGAAUUAUUCUGCCCAGCAUUGUAUUCUUGCUUGUACUGAGCUUGUACCUGCCUUUUUCCCUUCACUUGCAAGGAAUGCAACAUUCUUCAGAACAUCUAAUGCAUGAUACACUUCUGGGAAUGCAGAAAUAUAUCAUCACUCCUACAGCUCAAUAGCCAUCACUUGCUUACGAGCUCUGACUGGAAAUUCAGAUGACCAUCCAAUCUGAGAUGUUUACUGAACAGUACAUGGUGUAUAUGAGCUAUGCAUUCUGUGCCCCACCAGACUCUCAUUUUGUGGCCCUGCCAAUUCUCAUUAUUCAUUAGAAAAAGGUUUUAGUAUUUUGUAUUUAGUUUGUUGUACAAUAUGUAUCAUCAACACUUAAUAUAUUGCAACGUGAAGUCUGUGUAAAUUUUGUUCAUAUAAAAAAAUUCCCUUUGAAUUUAUGUAAAUUCUUUUUAGUAAAAAGCUGUUAACAUUAAAUGAA